UGAGUGAGCCCGGGGGCGGGGGCGGGGGCGGCCGUCCCGCCGUCCGUCCGGGGGCUCGGCGCCCCGGCGCCCUCCCUGCCCAGAGGUAACCUUCUGUCCUCCCUUCUUCCCUCUCUCCCUCCCUCCCGCCGCGCUUCGGCAGUGCAGACGAUGCCAGCGAUCAACAUAGAGGAUCUGAGCGAGAAGGAUAAACUGAAAAUGGAAGUGGAGCAGCUCCGGAAAGAAGUGAAGCUGGAGAGGCAGCCGGUGUCCAAGUGCUCUGAAGAGAUCAAGAACUACAUCGAAGAGCGGUCCGGCGAGGACCCCCUGGUGAAGGGUGUCCCCGAGGAAAAGAAUCCCUUCAAGGAGAAAGGAGGCUGUGUCAUUGCAUGAGAAAAUUAAACCCACCUGCAACUGGAGCAGGCAGGGCUGUUCCUUUAGUGAGUCACUAGCACGUCCUCACUUCCGCUGGUCCUUGUUGAACAAGUACAAGAGCGGACUGUUUUUUUCUUAAAAACAAAGAAGAAAGGAAUUUUAAAGCAGAUGAGGCCCUCGCUGGUCGCUGCGUCCUGCUCUCCGACCCCGCGGCGUUCCUCCUCCUCCUCCUCCUCCCCCCGCAGCGGGGACAGGCCCUUUCGCUCCGUGCCACGCUAACGCCGUUCGCUUUCAUCGUCUGUUUAUCGGUUGCUUCUUGGCUGUUAAUUGGAAUUAAAGAAACCUGCGUGUAA